AUGUCCAUGCUCCUUGUCCAGAAACAACACCUCCCUCUCUCCGUCCGUCCCCGCACGACCGUCACUCUCCUCUCGUUGCGCCACCGAUGCCGUCUCCCCACGACUCGAUUCUCCGCCGCCGCCGCCGCCGCCGCCGACUCGGCUAGCCGCGCUGCCCCCUUCACCGUCGAGGACUACCUCGUCGCCACAUGCCACCUAACCCCUGUGCAGGCGCUCAAGGCCUCCAAGGUGCUCUCGCACCUCAAGUCUCCCUCCAGGCCCGACGCCGUGCUCGCCUUCCUCUCGGACCUCGGUCUUUCCGAGGCCGACAUCGCCGCCGCCGUCGCCUAUGACCCCAGGCUUCUCUGCUCCGAGGUCGAGCGGACGCUGGCCCCGCGUCUCGUGGAGCUCCGGGACCUCGGCCUCUCUCCGUCCCAGAUCGCCCGCCUCGCCCUCGUCGACCCCGCGCGCUUCCGCCGCCCCACCGUCGUCUCCAAGCUGCAGUAUUACGUCCCCCUCUUCGGUUCCUUCGAGAACCUCCUCCAUGCUCUCAGGAGCAACGCCUACCUCCUCAGCUCCGACCUCGAGCGCGUGGUUAAGCCCAACGUCGCGUUCCUGAUGGAGUGCGGGCUAGAUGCUUGUGAUAUUGCCAAGCUGUCCAUACCCGUCCCUAGGCUGAUCACCACCAACCCAGAACGCGUCCGGGCAAUGGUGGAGCGAGCUGAAGCUGUCGGUGUGUCUCGUGGCACUGGGAUGUUUAGGCACGCACUGCUGGCUGUCGCGUUCCUCAGCGAGGAAAAGAUCAAAGCUAAGGUGGAGUUUUUGAAGACAACGUUUCGGUGGUCGGAUGCUGAGGUGGGCGUUGCGGUUUCCAAGCUGCCAUUGGUGCUCAAGCACUCCAAGGACAGGCUGCGCCGCAUGUCAGAGUUCCUGAUCACCAAGGUUGGGUUGGAGCCAGAGUACAUUGCUCACAGGCCUGCUCUGCUUACAUAUAGCUUGGAACGCCGCCUCAUGCCCCGGCACUAUGUUGUGAAUUACCUGAAGGAAAAUGGAUUAUUGGAGCAGGACCGGAGCUACUACACCGCUGUCCAGGUGAGCGAGAAUGUCUUCAUGGAGAAGUUCAUACGCCCUUACAAGGAAGCUGCACCAAGCCUCGCCCUAGAUUAUGCUGCUGCUUGCAGAGGAGAGGCGCCCACUACCCUCAGAUUGCAUGAACCCAGCACCGACUUGGCAAGUGUUUAA